CAGGGUGUCACAGGGAGUCUGGGCGAGUCUCGUGCAGCCUGCAGACGCCGUCGAGCGAGCAGCCAGGAUGGGUGCAGCAACGCUCGCCUUACGAUGGAUGACACCACGUCUUCUUCCUUGAUUCUUCCAAAGUGACUCAUGGGUAACUGCUGAGGUCAUCGCACGAGACGUCUAUAUCGCAAGGGAAGUUCAGGUUGAAGGUUCGCUUGAGAUUUCUUCAGGGUCCUUACCAAAACAAAAAAAAAAGGAUGCAUCCACAGCCGCGACGUGACCCGUCCAUGUCCGGGAAAGAGCGCAGCCCCCGUCACAGGCCGUGGUCAGUCUACCGGGCCAACACGUUUGAUCUUUCAUCGGAGAUGAUGGGGCUGGCUCUGUCAGGCAACAGUCAGGACCCGGACGAGCCAGUGUUAGAGUUCAGUUUGGUCUGCAGCGAGCUGGUCACACCCACUGUGGAGCGUAAGCCCAGCAGCUUUGUGGCCGUCAGCUGCACCACUCCCCCCCAAGCCUUCUGGACCAAACACUCUCAAACUGAAAUUAUUGAGGGGACGAGUAACCCCAUCUUCUUAAGCAGCGUGGCCUUCUUCCAGGACUCUCUAAUCACCCAGCAGACGCAGGUCAAGCUCUCUGUCUAUGAUGUGAAGGAUCGCUCCCAGGGCACUAUGUACUUGCUGGGCUCGGCCAUAUUUUCGUUGAAGGAGCUCCUGCAGGACAAACAUCAUCGUCUGCACCUGGCUCUCAGGUCGGCCGAGAAUGAGCGAAUGGGCAACCUCACAGUCAUCGCCUGGCAGAUUGAGGAGAAACAUGAGCAGAAAGCUUCGGUUGGCAAACUACAGCGAGGAGACACCGUUAACGGAAGGAUGGUUCUUCCAGUCGACGAAAGCCUGACUGAAUCGAAAGGCAUCAAGUCCAAGUCUUCGUCCCUGUGUAAAGAUCCCCUGCUGAAGGCCGUGUUCGGAGGUGUCAUGUCGCACACGUACCGUUUCCCCACGACGGACGGCAACCAUCUCCGCGUCCUCGAGCAGAUGGCUGAGAGCGUGCUCUCUCUGCACAUCCCUCGACAGUUUGUGAAGUUGCUUUUGGAAGAAGACGCUGUCAGGUGUUGUGAACUGGAAGAACUGGGCGAGUUGUCUCCGUGCUGGGAGAACCUCAGGAGGCAGAUCAUCACUCAGUACCAGACCAUCAUUCUCACAUAUCAGGAGACCAUUAGUGACCUCCAUGAAUACAAAGGACCUUCUUUUAAAUCCAGCACAUUGAAGGCUGAGCGCAAGUUGGAAUUUAUUCCCACAAAUUUGCACAUCCAGAGGAUGAGAGUACAAGGAGAUUCCGGCUAUGACCACACGUACGACGUGGUGACUAACGGCGCACCCGCUGCACAUCAUCAAGGCUUUAAAGGCUGCGGCCUGAGGAAGCUCCUGCAAAAGCUUGACGAGGCCAGACAACACUCCUACGAGGAAGAAAGUUCCGCCGGUCCGAGAGGAAUGGCGUACCAGCCGCAGGAUAUCGUCAGAGCGAAGGAGCUGAUUGGCCAAAUUAACACGCUGAAGACCCAAGUGUGCUACUACAUUGAGCGUCUGACCAGAGCGGCCAAGGAGCGCUCGGCCAACGCGCUGGAGAGAACUUUAGCUGUCCUCAAGGAGAAGACCCGUCAGUUGGUGAGCGUAUGCGACUCCAAGCUCUUGUCCUCGGCCAUCAUCGCCUUGGCGGCCGCCCGCCCAGCGUACGCCCUGCAAGGCACUCCGUCCCCUUCCUCAUCCUCCCUCUCGCCUUCCUCGCGCUCGCCCUCGCGCUCACCCGCUCACCACCCAUCGUCCCCUUCGAGGGUGGCUACCUCGCCCUCCCGCCUCGUCACCCCCCCGGAGAGCCUCGACGCGAUUAAAAACAAGCGAGCCUCCUUGAAUGCGGAGGAGUGGGAGAAGGUGUGGCUGAAUGUGGACAAGAGUCUCGAAUGUGUUAUCCAGAAGGUGGACAGGAUGCUGCGAGGGGAUCAGCUGCAGAGCGACAGCAGCUCUGAUGAUGUGUUUGCGUUGGCCAGUGAAGACAUUACAAACAGCAAAAAAGGGAGCAGUCCUGAGCGGGGAAAAACAUCUCCAGGCGAGUGGGCCGAGGCCCUGCACCCUCUUCUCUCCACGCUGAGCGACCGUGCCUCGCUAAUGAGCGACAAAGCCAAGAAAGCCAUGGUGUUCCUCCUCAUGCAGGACAGUGCCCCUACCAUCGCCAUGAGCCUCACACUGCAGUACCGCCGCGACGUGGUCUUCUGCCAGACGCUAACAGCUCUUAUCUGCGGCUUCGUCCUCAAGUUGAGGAACAGCCUGUGUGACUCGGGCUUCCUCAAGCAGCUCCACACCAUCGGCCUGUUGGUGCAGUAUGAGAGCUUGCUCAGCACCUAUGGUGAGGAGCUCGCCAUGUUGGAGGACAUGAGCGUCGGGGUGACCGACCUGAGGAACGUCACCUUUAAGAUCACGCAAGCGAGUACGGUCUUCAGUCCGGACAUGCUUCCCGUCAUCACAGGAAACAGGAACGGCUUUAAUGUCAGAGUCCCCAUCCCCGCCGCUAUUUUCGACGGGCUGCCGCGGGAAAUCCAAAAUGGCAUGCUGCUGCGCGUGCAACCCGUCCUCUUCAACGUAGGCAUCAAUGAGCAGCAAACGCUGGCUGAGAAGUUUGGUGACACAUCUCUGCAGGACGCAAUCAAUACGGAGAGCAUGGCUCGUCUCAGCUUGUACUACGACCACUUUAAAGAAGUCCUGCCGGAGGAUUGUCUUCCUCGCUCACGUAGCACCACCAAUCUGCCCGAUUUGCUCAAACAGCUCGGCCACAACGUCAACGCCAAAAAGAGCAAGAAUGUGGAGAUUUUGUGGCAGGCGGCAGAGGCGUGCCGACGCCUAAACGGCGUGCGCUUCACAAGCUGCAAGAGUGCCAAGGACCGCACGGCUAUGUCGUUGACACUGGAGCAGUGUCACAUCCUGCAGCAGGAACACGCUUUGGCACCGCAGGUCUUCUACCAGGCCCUGGACUGUAUGCGCAGCGAGGGCUGCAGACGGGAGAAUACUAUGAAGAAUGUGGGAUGUCGCAAAUACGCCUUUAACUCACUCCAGCUCAAGGCCUUCCCCAAAGAAUAUCGCCCCCCGGAGGGCACGUACGGGAAAGUUGAAUCCUAAGUGGAGAAGAAAGAUUGACAAAUUUACAGCAUACACACACAGUGACAGUUGUUGUGUUUAGUCACCAAUAAGGAGAUUUGUUUAUUUCCAAGUGCUAUUGUAGAUUGUUUUCUAGUGAUUUUGCUUCCUUUCAGUUGAAUUACAACAAAGGACUAUUAGUGGCAAACUGAAGAAAAAAAAAACCACUACAAGAUUAGGAGUAAUCAUUUAAGAACACUCUAGUAUUGCUUCAAUCUUGAAACUAUUUUUAAAUUUUGUGAAACUUUAUUCUCAUAAUUAUGACUUAAGUUAUUUUCAAUAUUAGUCUUAAUGAGAAUAAAGUAAUACAUUUGUUCCUCACAAAUCCUCAAGCUUAUAACUUUAAUCUUAAAAAUAUUAUAAAAUAUAUAUAUAUAUAGAAAUAUGAUUAUGAAAAAUAUGCAGCAUAAUUCUCAAAACAGUACAAAUUUAAUCUAAAGAAAAUUCAACUGUAUCAUCAGUUUUCUUUUUCCCCUUCACUCUGUAUCCAAAUUAACAGGAUGCGUCCUCGGUAGGCAGCUUUUACGGUUCACUUCCGGGACGACCAGAUUGCAAUUGCUGUCGAAAUUGAUAUGGUCACGGAGACUACAUACAUGAGGUGGAGCUUUUGAAGGCGUCCAAAAACCCAGCCUACCAAUAGUCUUAAAAUUUUUCUGGAACCGACGUCAUUCAGCUGAAAAAUGCUACCUUCACAGACUCCCUCUUUGAAUUCGGACUUCAGUUUGGUCCUAAUACUUCUUUAUGCAUAGCAAUCUACUGAUAUGUCUAUUUUUCUUUACCUAAAUGCCACAGAUUAUGAUACGAGUAAAUGUGCAGGAAAACAGAUUGCAUGAAAUGUUACAAGUGCACCAGAUGUGAAUUGAUUGCACACUGGAAUCUCUUGGAGGAUAAGAAUCCCAUGCAGCAUGUAUUGGUUUGAGUUGCCGCAUUCAGCGGGAUUAUGCACAUUGUUACAACAACAAAAAAGUGAUUUUGCACGGGAUUGAGAAAAAGUUAGUCGCGGUAAAGCAUAAAUUGUAGUGAGCUUUAACAGCACCUCCUUUGUUGCUGCCAUAGCAGGCCCCAUGUACCUCACUGUACUGUAACACACACUGCCAAUUUUAAUUUAAAAAUUAUUGUUAUUUUGCUUAGAGCUAUUUGUGUUCAUGUAUGUUGUUAUUAAGAUUAUUGCAUAAAUUACAUGCGCAUAGGUGGAAGAGCUUGUAAAAAUUGCUGCUGAAUAAAAGAUGGUCAACUCCAAAAAUG